GAUUAUGUUUACUUGCUUCUGAGUGGCAACAGUACCACAAGGUUGUAACUGUAAUGUGUCACUGCUGUAUAGAUCACCAAGGGUCUUAUUUACUCUUCCACCAGUUUUUAUUAGUAUCUAUUCUAGUAUACCACCUUUUCUGUAUAGGAGAAACCCUAUGGGGCUAGUGCAGGGGUAGACGACCUAUGGCACGUGUGCCAAAGGCGGCAGGUGACCUGAUUUUCAGUGGCCCUCACACUGCCUGGGUCGUGGCCACUAGGCCGGGGGGCUCUGCAUUUUAAUUUAAUUUUAAAUGAAGCUUCUUAAAUAUUUUAAAAACCUUAUUUACUUUACAUACAACAAUAGUUUAGUUAUAUCUUAUAGAAAGAGACCUUCUAAAAACGUUAAAAUGUAUUCCUGGCACGCAAAACCUUAAAUUAGAGUGAAUGAAUGAAGACUCGGCACACCACUUCUGAAAGGUUGCUGACCCCUGGGCUAGUGUAGCUGUUUUAUUGAUAACUGCCUUAACAGUUGCAAAAUUCUUGUUCUCCUAUAUCCAUAAUGUUGUCUUAGAGGUGAGGAGUUGUGCCAUGUGGUGAUGGUCAUGCACUAAAUGUAUAAUGACAGGUUUCACAGUAGCAGCUAUGUUAGUCUGUAUCCGCAAAAAGAACAGGAGUACUUGUGGCACCUUAGAGACUAACCAAUUUAUUUGAGUAUAAGCGUUUGUGGGCUACAGCCCACUUCAUCGGAUGCACAGAAUGGAACAUAUAGUAAGAAGAUUUUAUAUAUUACAGAGAACAUGAAAAGGUGGAAGCUGCCAUACCAACUGUAAGAGGCUAAUUAAUUAAGAGGAGCUGUUAUCAGCAGGGGGAAAAAACUUUUAAAGUGAUAAUCAAAAUGACCCAUUUCAGACAGUUGACCUUAGUGGAACUGCUGCUUCUGUUUCCUCUACAGCGUGAUCACAUGAAUCAAUGUUGCAGAAAAACUUUUCAAAGAAGCUGUAGUAAAAUUGUCGUACAGCUGUAACUCAAAACUGUCACUCCCUUCACAACACGUGUUGGAGGGGUUCCAGUCCUGGCUAUCGAGCGAAAAUGCAAGUAUUUCAGGGUCUAGUGUAGUCAUUCUUGGUGUGAGGGCGCAGCUGGCGGCGUGCCGACGGGAGGGGCAGUGCUCCGGCAAAGUGCUCUGGGUGGCUGGACUCUGACUUGGAUCCAUAUUGUCACGUCCCCAUGCAGAGACAAGGGGAGGUCGCAGAGGGCUGACCGUGCUGGUGGAGAGGCGUGAUCCCAGCAUCCCCCGCCGCUCGGGCGCCUGGGGGAACGGGCCUAGCCUGAGCCAAGCAGUUGUCUCCAGCGCAGGGGCCGCUCCCCUUGUGCAAGCGGAGCUGGGCGGCGUCUAGCUGCAGGAGGUGGGGGAGGCUCGUCCCGGCAGGAAACUUCCAGCGUGUCCCCCUGGCUGCAUCGCGGGAGAGGAAGAGGCGGGGCCGGGAUUUUGCCGGGCUGCAGCCCCGCGGCUCUCCCCGGCUCGUAGGGCAGCCGCACCGCCUCUCGGCCGACGCUGGGCAGUGCCCUCCCACGCCGGCAGCGGCAUGUCCGGCGGCGGGCGGCUGGCGGGCCGCGUGUGCCUGGUGACCGGCGCCUCGCGGGGCAUAGGGAAGGGUAUCGCGCUGCAGCUGUCGGAGGCGGGCGCCACCGUGUACAUCACGGGCCGGCAGCGGGAGCCGCUGGCCCGGGCGGCGGCGGAGGUGUCGGCCCGGGGCGGGCGCUGCGUGCCGGUGGUGUGCGACUCGUCGCGGGAGGAGGAGGUGGCGGCGCUGUUCGAGCGGCUGCAGCAGGCGGAGGGCGGGCGGCUGGACGUGCUGGUGAACAACGCCUUCUCCGGGGUGGGCGCCAUCGCUGACCAGCAGGGGCUGCCCUUCUGGGAGAGCCCAGCCGCCCUCUGGGACCAGAUCAACGACACGGGCCUGCGCGGCCACUACCUCUGCGCCCGCUACACCGCCCGCCUCAUGGUGCCGGCCGGGCGCGGCCUCAUCGUCAACAUCUCUUCGCCUGGCGGCCUGCGCUACAUCUUCAAUGUGCCCUAUGGCGUGGGCAAGGCCGCCUGCGACCGUCUGGCCGCCGACUGCGCUGUCGAGCUGCGCCCCUACGGAGUGGCCUGCGUGACGCUGUGGCCCGGCGUCGUCCGCACCGAGGCUGUGCUUAAGGAGGCCGCGGGCUCGGGACCGUGGGGUGUGCUGCUGCAGAAGGUGAUUGGUAAUUCAGAGAGCCCCGAAGUGUGCGGCAAGUGCGUGGUGGGCCUGGCAUCUGAUCCCGCCGUCAUGUGCCACAGCGGCAAGGUGCUGCUCACCCCAGACCUCGCCCGCCGCUACCGCUUCCGUGAUGUGGACGGGAGACCCAUCUACAACUACAUAUCGGUGCGCAAUGUGCUCAUGACGCUGAUGCCAAGGCUGGCCUGCCUCUUCCGCCUCAUCCCAGAGUGCGUCAGCAUACCCAAAUGGGCUCUCGCACUUUACUCCAGCAAAUUCAGUGUCUACCCGCCCCUGCAACCAGCCCCCAAACCUGGAAAAAAUGUUUGAUGAAUUAAUAAUAAAAAAUGUGCCCGUGAUGUUUUUGAA